GCGAGCUCGGGGUGCGGGGACGAGGAGCCGGCAAGGCCCGCGGAGUGGGGUUCCGUCCCCUGGCCCUGCACCGGGUUCCCGACGGGGCUCCCGCAGCCUCCCCCCCUGCUUCGGAGCGUGAGCCCGAAGGCAUCCCGACCGAGAGGGCUGUCCAGCCCCUAAGCCUUGUCUUUCCCGGAGAUCUCUUAAGUUCCGAUCUCGAAGUACGAGGCCCCCAGGGAAGUUUGUGUCUGACCUCCCCGGAGGGCUUGGAGAGGGGGACCCAGGCUGCCGGAUCCCCGCCUGGUGCCGCGGGCGGGGUGCCACGGCUCGGGAAGCAUGACGACCGAGACCUUCGUGAAGGAUAUCAAGCCGGGGCUCAAGAAUCUGAACCUUAUCUUCAUUGUACUGGAGACAGGCCGAGUGACUAAGACAAAGGACGGACACGAGGUUCGGACCUGCAAAGUCGCAGACAAAACGGGCAGCAUCAAUAUCUCAGUGUGGGACGACGUGGGCAACCUCAUCCAGCCUGGGGACAUUAUCCGACUCACCAAAGGGUAUGCUUCAGUGUUCAAAGGUUGUCUGACACUCUACACUGGCCGUGGGGGCGAUCUGCAGAAGAUUGGAGAAUUCUGCAUGGUUUAUUCUGAAGUUCCUAAUUUCAGCGAGCCCAAUCCAGAGUAUAACACUCAGCAGGCGCCCAACAAAUCGGUGCAGAACGACAGCAGUCCCACUGCCCCUCAAGCUGCCACGGGACCCCCUGCCGCCUCUCCAGCCUCCGAGAGCCAGAACGGGAAUGGACUGAGCACCCAACCGGGUCCUGGUGGCGGCCCCCAUCCCUCUCACACCCCGUCACAUCCUCCCAGCACCCGAAUCACUCGAAGCCAGCCCAACCACACACCUGCCGGCCCCCCUGGCCCCUCCGGCAACCCUGUCAGCAACGGCAAAGAAACUCGAAGGAGCAGCAAGAGAUAGCGAGAAACGAGUCCUCGCCUUCGACGGCAGACCGCGACCCAGGCGUCCGCCAGAGGACGGCCUUCUCCUGGGCGGCUGGCUUCGAGACUCGAGGGUGGAGUAGCUGUAUUUUAGCUAUUAAGUCUCCCUGGCGGGGUGAGCAGUGGCCUUGUCCACCUCAAGCUCGUGCCCCCUUGUCCUGCUGACGCUGCCUGUGCUCUGGGGUCCAGGGCCCUCUGCCUGCCCUCCUUCCUCUGGAAAAGACAGAGUUGUGUGUGUGUGAGUGUGAGUGGGAUACGAGGGUCUAACUGAAACCCCUCCUUCCUAAUAAAUGUGCCCACUGCGUUCUGGA